CCAGCGCUACCGGAAGGGGCGGGACAUCCGGCCGGGCCGGCCUUCUUCCGGAAGUGACGUAGCAGUGUCAACAUGCAAGAUGGCGGUCCAUCACCGGCAGAACACGGCCGGGCGGAGGAAAGUCCAGGUUUCCUAUGUUAUUCGAGACGAAGUGGAGAAGUACAAUCGAAAUGGAGUAAAUGCCCUGCAGCUGGACCCAGCACUAAAUAGACUUUUCACGGCUGGCCGGGACUCCAUCAUAAGAAUAUGGAGUGUCAGUCAGCACAAGCAAGACCCAUACAUAGCGUCUAUGGAGCACCACACUGACUGGGUGAAUGACAUUGUGCUGUGUUGUAACGGGAAAACAUUAAUAUCUGCUUCUUCGGAUACAACAGUGAAAGUAUGGAAUGCCCAUAAGGGAUUUUGCAUGUCAACAUUAAGGACACAUAAGGAUUAUGUAAAGGCCUUAGCAUAUGCCAAGGAUAAAGAACUUGUAGCCUCAGCUGGGUUGGACAGACAAAUAUUCCUUUGGGAUGUGAAUACUCUGACAGCAUUGACUGCCUCAAAUAACACUGUCACAACUUCUUCUUUAAGUGGGAACAAAGAUUCUAUUUAUAGCCUGGCCAUGAAUCAACUUGGAACAAUCAUUGUCUCAGGGUCCACUGAGAAGGUUUUAAGGGUGUGGGAUCCAAGAACAUGUGCAAAAUUAAUGAAGCUGAAAGGACACACAGACAAUGUGAAAGCGCUGCUGUUGAACAGAGAUGGCACCCAGUGCCUCUCUGGCAGUUCUGAUGGGACAAUUCGUCUUUGGUCCCUUGGCCAGCAGAGAUGUAUAGCAACAUACCGAGUACAUGAUGAAGGAGUUUGGGCCUUGCAAGUCAAUGAUACGUUCACACAUGUAUAUUCUGGAGGAAGGGACAGGAAGAUUUAUUGUACAGACCUAAGAAAUCCUGAUAUGCGAGUGCUCAUCUGUGAAGAAAAAGCACCGGUUCUUAAGAUGGAGCUUGAUAGAUCAGCUGAUCCUCCCCCUGCAAUCUGGGUUGCAACAACCAAGUCUACAGUAAAUAAAUGGACACUGAAAGGAAUUCAUAAUUUUAGAACCUCUGGAGAUUAUGACAAUGACUGUUCAAGUCCAAUAACUCCCCUUUGUACACAACCUGACCAAAUUAUAAAAGGGGGUGCUAGUAUUAUUCAAUGUCACAUUCUUAAUGAUAAGAGGCAUAUAUUAACCAAAGAUACCAAUAAUAACGUGGCAUACUGGGAUGUAUUGAAGGCAUGCAAGGUGGAAGACCUAGGCAAAGUAGACUUCGAAGAUGAAAUUAAGAAAAGGUUUAAAAUGGUGUAUGUGCCAAAUUGGUUCUCAGUAGACUUAAAAACAGGGAUGCUGACUAUCACUCUGGAUGAGAGUGACUGCUUUGCUGCCUGGGUUUCUGCAAAAGACGCUGGCUUUAACAGCCCUGAUGGCUCAGAUCCAAAACGUGAGUUCUGUCUGUCCGUCACUUCCUCCUCCAAAAGAGAAGUGAAUUUAGGAGGACUUUUACUCCAGGCACUCUUAGAAUAUUGGCCUAGAACACAUGUGAGUCCAGUAGAUGAAGAGGAAAAUGAAGUAAACCAUGUAAAUGGCGAACAGGAGAACCGAGUACAGAAGGGAAAUGGAUAUUUUCAAGUGCCCCCCCACACACCUGUGAUCUUUGGUGAAGCGGGAGGUCGCACACUAUUCAGGCUGCUCUGCCGAGAUUCUGGGGGUGAGACCGAGUCGAUGCUUCUUAAUGAGACAGUGCCGCAGUGGGUGAUUGACAUCACCGUGGAUAAAAAUAUGCCCAAAUUCAACAAAAUUCCUUUCUACCUCCAACCUCAUGCAUCUUCAGGAGCAAAAACCUUAAAAAAAGACAGACUGUCUGCUAGCGACAUGCUCCAAGUCCGGAAAGUAAUGGAACAUGUUUAUGAGAAAAUUAUCAAUUUAGAUAAUGAGUCUCAGACCACUAGCUCUUCUAAUAAUGAGAAACCAGAACAGGAAAAAGAAGAGGAUAUUGCUGUGUUGGCAGAGGAAAAAAUUGAGCUUUUGUGCCAGGACCAGGUUUUGGAUCCAAAUAUGGACCUGCGAACAGUGAAGCACUUCAUAUGGAAGAGUGGUGGGGACCUCACCCUGCAUUACCGUCAGAAGUCCACGUGAAGGCUGAGCCAGCGCUCCUGGGUAUUCAUUAACUACCUUCUUCUGUGGCCCUGAGUAGUCCUAGGAAGCCCACUGAGCCCAGAGGGAGCAAGACUUCUAACCACCAGUUUGGUGUGGAAAACAUUUUCACUUGAAGUGACUAAUCAAGAUGUAAUAUAGACGGCAGUCUCCAAGUGUAGCUUAAGCCACCCCAGGAAGCAGUGUGAAGGCAGAAGAUUCUGUCCUGCAGCUGUGCAGAGAACUGACCGCAGGCCAGUGCAGACUGUUUCCUCCUCUCCUGUCAAGGACCUUAUCUGUGUGUUAGCACUUGUUAGAGAACGCGGGUGACCGCACCUGUCGCUGUGUUUCAGCUCUGUAGCUUUUCUACAAGUACACUCCAUCCUGCAGUAUCUGUGAAGGCUUUUUCCAAGUUUGUCAUAAAAAAGUCAACUUGUUUUCAUCAUUUAAAAGUUAUUUUUAAUGGUAAUUUGCUGUUGCACAAUUCAAGAGCCAGCCCAUUUCAUAAUAAAUGAUUACCGUUGGGCUUGUUUUUAAUAUUGCAUCUCAGAUGUGCCCUCUAGGAAGCUCUGGAGAUUCCAGGUGCUGGGUCACAGCCACAAGCCCCUGGGCAGACUGGAGUGCGCACAGGCCGAGCUAGUGACACCAAGCCCCACACAGGCCUGGUGCUGCGCAAGUCCAGGGAGAUGCAACUGUUGUCUUUGGUCUACUGUCUCACUCGCGGGCAAAGCCAUGAGACCAUGGCUUCCUGCUCUGGAUAAGCAGUGUGACACCAUCAAAACUUAAGACUCUGGUGAAAGGUUAAUUCAUUCAAGCACUACCUAGGAUGUCUGCUGUCAGAGGAAGGGGGUGGCAUAGUGAGUUCUGCUCUAGAAAGUGUACCUGUUUGUUUUUCCAGGUUUUAUAUGCAGGUGUUCGUUGGUUACCUGUAUCCAGAUCUUUUCACUGUUCUUUCUAACAAUCUGAAGCUUUCAUAGAAUCUUGGGUCUUGUACAGAAUAUAACUUAUUGGGGAUAAUACUUCAACUUUUGGCAGAAAAUACUUUGGGUUCUUCCCAAAGGUCAUUUGUAUUCAGAACAGGAGUCCACCCCGCUAGAACUGCACAGGCAAGCUUCCUUGCAUGAAGCCAGAAGCACAAGUGCCUUCCAAGGGCAGUUCCUGCAGUCCAGCGUCCCCCAGCUCGUGCGGCCUGUCGCACAGCAGCAGCAGGGGGUGGCGAGGUUUUGUUUCCUACGUCUUCACAGGUUCGGUUACAGGCAGCUGAUGGGCCCAGGUCCAUACCUUACAAUUCAAGAUCCUCUGGUCAGCACAACUGCAGAGAGAGUUCCCUCACUGCUGGCCAGCUAGCUUUGGAAAGUGACAGGUCAUUGCCUCUGCACCUUGGAGAAGCAAGCAAAGACAUGGCCACAUCUCCAAGGGGCUGACGUGAUUUUUCUCCCUCAGAGAGCAGCCAACCUCUUUUUUUAAAAGUCCUUUCUAUCUGUCAGAUACAACAGUGUGCUUUUGGUGCACUAUUUUUAGCAAUAGUUGUGAACUAAUGACAAAAGAAAACAUAAAAAUAAAUGAAUUGUAUUUAGCAGCCCUGCGCUGUGUUUGCACAAAGGGCCUUUGAGUUAAAGGAGCAGGUUUUGGCCAGACAUGGUGGCACACACCUAUAAUCCAGCUCUCGAGAGGCUGGGGCAGGAGGAUUACCGAGAGUUCAAGGCCAGCCUAAACUGCAUAGUGAGACCCUGUUUCAAGGACAAAAAAGGUCCAGGUUUUGCUGCGUCAUCUGCCCUGUGUGCUGAGCUUUGGGUGGCUGUGUCCCUUCCUGUCAUAGAUCUGAGCCCGGCAUGGUUGUAUUUUUUCCCCUUCUGGUCAAACUAAUAGUUCCCAGAAAAUUUGAGUCUGCAAUGCCAAAAGGGUAAAAACCUGUAUUUCACAGUUGUACAGAAUAAAGAAUUUAGUUAAAUACAUCAAA